AUGUUGUUCACAGGUCUCAGCCUGGCAGUGACCUUCUACAUCAUUGAAGCCAGGUGUUGGGUGGCAUCCAUGUACGCCAUAAGCAUCUUAGCGGCGCUUUGCGCAAUCCAUUCAGUAGAGUUCCCACCUACUCUUGGGAAGCUGCCCUUGUCCGAAAAAGUGGUCGGUGGCACCGUAGGACUGGCAAUUGGUUUCAUGCUUCCGCGCCUGUUCAAUCUGUGCUUGCCUGUUGACGAAAUCAUGAUGGUGUAUGCCACAGUGUCGAGGAUUGCAGAUACAGCUUUUGGGAACCUAGCCGUGGAGAUGCUCCUCGUUACGGCCAAUGUUCAGAUCUCUUUAGGGUAUCAAAGCAUUCAGUUUCUAAGGUCAGUGCAGGACAGGCAAAAUGCUUUACUCACUGUGGGAGCAGGAACCUCACUUUUAGCUAAAGGGUAUGCAGCCCGGACACAGCAUUGGGUAUUCUUCGUGUGUCUCCCGUAUCUCCUAUUGAAACUGGUCAUGACAAGCGUCCAGACGCACCAGUUCGGUCGCUUUCGGCAUUGGGCAGAGCGUAGGCUACGACUCCAUAGUUUCUUUCCCGACGAAGGCCAUGCGGGCACCAUGCUGAAAGCAGCUGCGCUCUCCAAUUUCACUGUGGAGCAAUAUGCAGAUGCCAUCAACGGAGCUCUGGAGAUGAGUUUCGGGAUCAUUUCCUCCAAGCUGUUCUCGCUCCCCAAAUUGAUGCUCCUGCCUGGCGUUGUCCUAGCCAAGCCUUGGCUGAUGUUAUCAGUUGUGCCCGUCAGUGUACUCUUGGACACUUGCAAAGCGGGGAUCACAGCUUAUCUGACGGCAGAGGUGGAAAUGCUGCACCGCCAUCUGCUUGAGCUUGCGAAUAAGAGGCGCCGCCUGGAGGUGCAUGACAUGAAACACGAAGAUCUCAUGCAAAGAGCACGCGCCUCUCGCUUUGCUCAAAGACAAUGGCGAAGCAUUGGGGAUCAAAUUGAGGAUCACGGCAUGCGCCUGAAGUCGAUUCAACUGCUGCAUGGCAUGGCCGACCAGAUGUACCGCCAGCUGCUUUUAGGGCCAGGAAUCGAAUGCACACUGGCGUUCCUGAUGGAGACGGAUUACAUAUGUAGCACAGACAUCUACCUUUACACGUCUGUGUUGGAGCAUACGAUAGACACUGUACUGACCCGGCAGCGUGAGCAAGCAACUCUGGCAAGCAUCCAGACAAAAAUCUCUGUUCUGCGCCACUUGAUCGAUCAGCAAGCCGCGCUUCAGGCACAAAAGCGGCCGGAGUGCAGAACGACCAACUCCAGCCAAGUUGUGCACAUAACUUCACUCGAGUAUACACGAGGGCAGGCCCAUGUUCAAAUCCCAAGCUUGGUUUUGCCCAUGGGCCGCAUCGUGGCAGUGACUGGGGCAAAUGGAUGCGGCAAGAGCACUGCCUUGGCAUAUGUGGCUUCCUGUCGAGACGGUACUUGGGGUCCAUCAGGAUCUGAGCUUGUGGCUGACACGAUCAUGGACUUGCCUUCAAGUGACAUUGUAGAGAUUGCGCAGCAGUUCUAUUGGCCAAUGUUUGUCUCUCCGAUGUUCUGGCUCUUGUUUCAGGACGGCCGGGACAGCGGUUCUGGCUCUGAGCUAGCUCUUCGAGCGCGAGCACAGCGAAUGCUCAAGGAAUUCGGUUUGAUCCGGCCGAUUGGCUUGGAAGCUACAUCGGAGUUGUCUCUGGACGAAGUCAAGGAGGACUGGUACAGUGAGCUUUCGGGCGGAGAGCGUUGCAAGGUGGAGUUCAUCCAGAAAGUCUUUCUCAGAGACGAGUGCCCUCCAAUUCUAUUGAUCGAUGAAGCCUUUGCACCUUUAGAUCCUGCAUCGAGCCGCCACCUCAAGCAAAAGUUAAAGCUAUUUUGCUUCAAGUCUUUGGUGCUUGUCGUUGAGCAUGGCACUGGCAGACUGGAUGAUUCGUUUUUCGACGAUGAGCUGCAAUUUGCCAACGGAACAGCAACUCUCCGGUCACUGCACUAA